UUUCCUUCUCUCUUUUUACGGACCAACGAGGUCGAUUUGCAGGUGACCAGCCUCUCUCUAAGGAAGGGAUAUUGCAAUUGCCAGAAAAGGAUUCUGGGCUGCUAGAGAUAUUGUGGCCCCCGUGUUAUAACUAGGAAGUAAACAACUUCGUUGAACCCGCAACUUCCCGCUGCAGCUUCAUCCAUGGACAAAACACGAGUUUGGUUUAUUACGGGCUGCUCAUCGGGUUUUGGGAGACGCAUUGCCCACAGAGCUCUUGCGCUUGGCGACAAAGUGAUAGCCACUGCACGUAGAGUUGAGCAUCUCGAUGGCCUCAAGGCCGCAGGAGCGACAGUUAUGAGGCUUGACGUAACCGAUCCGAUGGAUGUCAUUAACAAAGUAGCGGAGGAUGCGGAGGCCGUCUACAAACGUGUGGACAUAGUUGUGAACAAUGCGGGAUCUGGAGUGCUUGGACCUCUGGAGGAGAUAGGCCCAGAAGGCUUGGAACAACAGUAUAAAGUUAACGUAUUUGGCGUUUUGGCGGUCGCAAAGGCAUUCUUGCCAUAUAUGAGGCAACGGAGAGAGGGCAUCAUUGUUAUCAUGGGCAGUCGAUCAGGCUGGAGAAUCGCACCUGGAAUUGGCGCGUACUCGACUUCAAAAGCUGCGGUGAACUUAUUGGGAGAGACGCUAGCAGCUGAAGUUGCUCCAUUUAACAUCCGCGUCCUCACUCUCAUUCCAGGGGGGUUCCACACCGAAGGAAUAGUCGGGAAUCCCGUGAUAGUGCCAUCUCACCCUAAUCACAUUCGCAUCUCAGACUAUGAUGCAUUCCGCCGCGAUCUAGAAUCGCGGAUGAAAAAACUGCCCGGCACGCAGUUAGGUGAUCCUGAUAAGCUUGCUGAAGUGGUCACGGCGGUCGUCGGAGGCGAAGGGAUCAUGACGGGAGAGCGUUCCACUUCCAGUAGCGAGGACCACGCAGGGGACGUUACGGAAAGUAAUAUUCGGCCAUGGCCAAAAAGACUCUUUCUUGGGUCUGAUGCUGAAAAGGAUGUCCGUGACAGGAUGGCCGAGAUGAAUCAAACCAUGAUCGAGUGGAGCGACGUCCUGAAAAGCACCGAUAGGACUUUUUAGACUGAAUCAGCACAUCCUCGAAGUGCCAUGUUGGGAUCAGCAGAAUCUGGCACGUACGAUUUAGAUGGAAGGAUGUGAUGGGUUGCGGGUGUAAAGAACAUUCCCCAGCAUCUAGAACCUGCUGGCAAACGCAUUCAUUGGUGGAACACUCUAGACGCAUAAUUUCAAACAGAUGCAAUUGUGAUGUUGGACAGCAUACUCUGACGUGCUUCAAUUGGAAAGACAAGACGACAGUUUCGGUUCAAACCAUCGAAGGAUGCAAGCGGACCUAUUAAGUGUACCAUUGGAGGUAUUCUGGCGGAGGAAGAAUGCAGGGCCAAACGUUAUUUGUAAUCGACGCCUCCCAAUCGGUUUCGCAUAACUUGAACAGCGCCAUAGCAGCGAAAGAAUCCUC